AUGCUGAUGACGCUAUGGCGAAUAUGGCAUGCGCACAAUGAGAUCACCCAUGACAAACCAUGCCCAACCAUCGAAGGCUCACGUAGGUACCUGGAAAAUACAACAGUGCCAGGAUGCAACAGAGGCUGAGAUACAAGCGAUCGAGGACGGACUGCAACUAGCGCUGCAGUGGUCACAGGUGCCUUUCAGCGUGGAAUCUGACUGCUCCGAGGCCAUCCAAAUGAUCAAGCAAUCCUCCCCAAAUAUUUCAGCUCACGCGUUUCGUAUCAAUGUGAUUCGAGAAUUACUUAGGGAAAGAGAUAGUAGGCUAAUAAAAAUAAAUAGAGAAGCGAAUACUGCCAGCCAUGAGCUUGCAAGGUUAGGCAGGGUUCAAGGUAGAACGGAGAUGUGGUUGGGCGAAUCUCCCCCGGAGAUCGCUGAUGUGAUUGUAAAAGACUGUAUUUCUGUGUUUGGUUAAUAAAAUUC